GUUGGGCAGUUCGUGGUGUAAGCGCAGCGAGUUGACUUUCACCAGCUGACGGGACUGGAAAUGCAGAGACCUACUUUAACGGCUUGAAUUCAAAGUUGCUCUUUACUUAAAGAAACAUGAAUUUUGUCGGAUCACGCCUUUCCAUCGGCAACUUCGUAGGUCAGAGGUGCAGACGGGUAACCGAAACAUGGAGCCUCAGAGGGAUGUGCAAUAAACCACAGGAGACCAAAGCAGAGCCUCCACCUGCAGCCCCAGCACAUGCAUCCCGUGCAGGCUUCAGAGUCCCAGGCUACAGACCCUCCAAGCUGGACAGGAAGAUGCUGGUCUGGUCAGGACGUUUUAAGUCAGCGGACCAGAUACCAGAACUUGUGUCGUUUGAGAUGAUUGACGCUGCCAGAAACAAAGCCAGAGUGAAGAUCUGCUAUAUGAUGAUGGGUACCACGAUUGCAGCCUGUCUGAUGAUGGUCUUCCUGGGCAAACGGGCUGCAGGUAGGCACGAGUCCCUGACAGGACAAAACAUGGAGAAAAAGGCCAGAUGGAAGGAGGAACUACAGAGGGAGAAGGAGGCUGCCCUCGCUCUGUCUGAGAAGGCCCAGUGAUGGAGGACAACAACACAAGUGUGUCAUUUCCCCUUAUAAUUCUGGGCCACUAGUGACCCUGUUCCCACUGUAUCUAUCACAACCUCAGAGCUCUUUCCUCCAGUCCUGGACAGAGAGCUCUGCUACAUCAGAGCAGUUGAUUCUUGGUAGUAUUACAAUCUGAAGAUUGAUCUUAACACACACAUUUGGAAUAUAGAAUCAUUUAGAAAGACCAAUGUAAGGUUUUAUCUUUUCAGCAGAUGCAUUGAAGCUAUGAAGUGGGAGAUGUUUUGGAGGGGAACAGAAACAUUUUGAGAGGGAAUAUUUAAACAUAAUAGAACCUGGUACUGUGACAGAACUUUAAUACUGAUAUCCAGGCAAGAAAAUCCCAUUAGGAAUUAACAAUGUAAUUGAUGUUUCCUGUAAAACUUCACAACACACCUGUUGAGCUGCCUCAGAGGUGACACACCACUACAGGGUUCUCAAGGAUCUCCAUCUUUGUAAGGAGAACAAAAAGAAGUGAGGCAGGUAGGAUCCAUCCAUACAACAGUCUGUCAGGACACUCAUGACGUGGUUAAGAUGGUUUGUUCAUAGACUUAAGUCCCAUUUUGUAUAUAGUGAACAUGCACAGAGAAAAAGUUCAAUAAAGUAAUGUUUCAGAAUG